CCCAGCUGCCUGCUGACUCCACAGGCUCUGUCCCAGAAUGUGCUGCCCCAAACACCCUCCCUCGUUCUGACAUGAGUUCCAGCUGCCUGCAGAGUCCGAUUUCCAGCGGCCAGGAGCCAGUACACAGAGAGCCCUGAGGAGUAGUCCCCCAGCAGGAGCGGCCAACGCCUGGGUCCACUAUGAACUGGGGGAUCUUCGAAGGGCUCCUGAGCGGGGUCAACAAGUACUCCACUGCCUUUGGGCGCAUCUGGCUGUCUCUGGUCUUCAUCUUCCGCGUGCUGGUGUACCUGGUGACGGCUGAGCGGGUGUGGAGCGAUGACCACAAGGAUUUUGACUGCAACACCAAGCAACCGGGAUGCUCCAAUGUCUGCUUUGAUGAGUUCUUCCCCGUGUCCCACGUGCGCCUCUGGGCCCUGCAGCUUAUCCUGGUCACCUGCCCCUCGCUGCUCGUGGUCAUGCACGUGGCCUACCGGGAGGCUCGGGAGAAGAAGCACCGAGAAGCGGUGGGGGAGGACGGCGGACGCCUCUACCUGCACCCCGGCAAGAAGCGGGGUGGGCUCUGGUGGACGUAUGUCUGCAGCCUGGUGUUCAAGGCCACCGUGGACACCGCCUUCCUCUAUGUGUUCCACUCAUUCUACCCCAGAUAUACCCUCCCUCAUGUGGUCAAGUGCCACAUAGCUCCGUGUCCCAAUAUGGUGGACUGCUUCAUCUCCAAGCCCUCGGAGAAGAACAUCUUCACUCUCUUCAUGGUGGUCACGGCCGCCAUUUGCAUCCUGCUCAACCUCGUAGAGCUGGUCUACCUGGUGAGCAAGAGGUGCCGCGAGGGCUUGGCAGCAAGGAGAGCCAGGGCCACAGGCGUGGGCCAUCGCCCGGAUGGUGCCACCUCUUCCUGCAAGGGGGACGACCUCCUCUCAGGUGACCUCAUCUUUCUGGGCUCGAAUGCUCACCCUCCUCUCUUACCAGAUCUCCCUCGAGACCACGUGACAAAGACCAUCCUGUGAGAACCACCUCAUCAAACCCGGCAUCUCCCACAGUGCAGCCUUGGGGGCAGGCAGCAGGGAGGGCCCGGCACCUGCCCCAGCUGUGGGGCCUUGGGCCAUUGACCCCUCUGAGUUGAACCUGCAUUUCCUUUUAUGUAAAAUGGAAGUGAAGCCCACGUCACGGGGUGUUGCUAUGAGAAGCGGUUUCUUUAGAAAAUGGAUGU